AUGGCCCUUCCAUGGAGGCUUAGUGCACAUGUAUUUUUCUUUCUGAUCUUUGUACUCUGUGAUGCACAAAAUACCACUAUACAGAUCACAACUGAAGGCAACAACUCAACAGCAGUAAUUACUUCAGAAUCCACCCUACCAAAUACAGAAUCCACCCCUACAUCGCCAGUGACGUCGGACACUGUAACCACGCCCACGGACAGCACUGAAAAAGUAAACAGCAGUACAGUAGAACCAAACUCCACCGGAACUACAAGAACCAGUAUCAUGACGUCACAAACGACUACCGAGGAUUUCUCCACCCUACCGGCUAACCAGACCUCCACCCCCAAAACAACUAGAUCCCCGCCCGCUUCUACCCCUAAGCCUGGAUUUGAUGGUGCUUCGUUUGGGGGAGGGAUAGCUUUGGGUGUUGGGAUUGUGUUGUUCUUUAUAUUAGGAAGAAUGGUCUUUAUAAAACUUAAAACCAGAGUGACAGGACCUAAUUAUGAAGUGUUGUGAGCUUACUUUUUGGAUUCGUACUUUUAAUUGUGAUUGGUGUCAUUUUUCAUUAACUUAAUUUGUAUCUUAAUUAUCUGUAUCAUUCACAUAUUCUGUUUCUUGCAUACUCGAUUUUCAUAGAAGUUCCCAAUUCCUCUCAGUGC